AUGAUACUUAUAUUUUUGUGCCUCGCAGUUUGCUGCUCUUUAGCCAGCACCAAUGUUGUGACCUUGGAGAGGAGAAAACUGGUAGAUGUCUUGAAUCAACUUGGUGAUGUCAAAGACUCAUUACAGACCAAAGAACUGCUGGUGAAUACACCGCCACAGAAUAUUGAGGAUUGCUGUUGUCUGUCGGCAUUACGAUGCUUCCAAGAAAGCUUACAGGGGAAAUUCAACAUGACGGAAAGAAUGCAAAACAAAUUUUACAGAGGCCUCAAGCACCCAAUCACUGAGAGAGGUCUGGAUUUAUGUAAAUCGGGAUAUUCGGCCAGCUGUGGAACAUGUGAUUCUCAUCCAAAGGCAAGUGCUAAGGAAUUUGUCAACAGAUUGGAGCUACUUCUUCAAAGGGCUAUCGCUAGACUGAGCGGGAAAUGA